AAAUGUGGGGAGUCUGUCUCAAUUUAUGACCCCUCACCCGACACCCGUCAAGCCAGCAAGAAUCAUAAUUAUGAUUUCCGGUUAUACUGUACCUACUAUAAAAUACCAAAGCUCAGUUUAAACACUCCUAAUGCGUCAAAAUGACCAUAAAGGUUGCAUUUUAGCGAAAUAAUUUGGAAAUUAAAAUACCAAUUAUGCCCAUACAUAUAUCUAGUUUAGCGUUAGCGGUACUGUCUUUUCAGUUUUAAUUGUUUAUCCUUUUAUUUUGCCUGCUAAAGGAAAAUAUGUCACUAAAUCUGUCUGCCUUGACGCAGCACCACCCAGCACAUAAGCUGUUCUGUCCUUUUCUGUACAGGCUGUGGUCUGUAUGCAGAUAUAAGGUGCCUGUCUCAUUUGAAAGCAUUUAUUGAAGAAGUUACAAGAAUAGGACGCAAACAACACCAAUUACUAUUAAUAGCUUAAUAAAUAAUAAUAAAAAAAUAAGUGGUAAUAAUAAUAAUAAAGAUUUUUGUGGCUUUGGGUUCCCUGAAGUGAUUUAAGCUCCAGCUUCAGGCUCUCAGGGGCCCUGGAGGAUACCAUGCCCGCCCCCUCUCCGAGGCUGUUGACAUGGACACCUCAGUUGCGUCCUCAUAUUUUUGUACCUCACAGACAGCUUGUUCACUGGAAAGAGAAUAUCCAUUGCUGAGUGAUAUAAUAUACUUAGACUUGAUUGCCCAUCUUCACACAGACAGCCAUAGAGACUGUCCAAAACCAUAUUAUACAGUCUAUUGUCCAAAUCCCUAAAAACACUGGAUUCUGGCUGGUGGGACUGCAUCUUUACCCCAUGUGGAAAUACUAUUUUCUGACUGGAGAAUGCACAAACACAGCCGGCAACAAGCAGGGAGAGCGGCUGAGCGACCUGGAGUUUUUAUGAAUGACCUUGUAAAGGUACGUGUUGUUGACUGUACCUGCACCUGUACUGUGAGAAGGCAAAUGAGGGUAUUUACCAACAUGUUGAACUAUUUCUUUAAACAUCUUCAAUUCAGCUUUUACCCUGAACAGCACUGGGCUCAGGUGUGAACAGCAAUCUCUCUGCCUUUCUCUGUAUCUCUCCUGACUGUUAGUCAAGGUGUUUGCUAUCACCGCUUCCACUAGUGACUGCAGUUGAAGAAUGAGUGUAUGUUUGCUUUGAUUGAUAUCUCUCCCUGCCCCUCAACCUGUGCCAAGAAGGCAGCAGUAAUAACUACUAUAAUAAGAGCCUUUGUGACUGACAUGCUCAGCUCAGUACGAGUCCAAGCCAUCUGUAUUUGAGCUCUCAGCCGAGUGUGAGCCAAAUUCUGGGGUGUUUCAGGUUUUUUUUUUUAAUAUUUGUGGGGGUGCAGCCUGAUAUCUAAGACAACACCAUGAACUGGGCCUUCCUCGAGGGCCUCCUCAGCGGGGUGAACAAGUACUCAACGGCGUUCGGGCGCAUCUGGCUUGCUGUCGUUUUCAUUUUCAGGCUUUUGGUUUUCCUGGUGGCUUGCGAGAAGGUGUGGGGCGAUGAGCAGAAAGACUUUGACUGCAACACCCGUCAGCCCGGUUGUCACAAUGUCUGCUACGACCACUACUUCCCCAUCUCCUACACCCGACUCUGGGCUCUCCAGCUGAUCUUUGUCACCUGUCCGUCCCUUCUUGUGACUCUCCAUGUGGCCUACAGAAAAGACAGAGAGCGUAAACACCGGCUGAAGCACGGAGAAGACUGCCCCCCACUAUACGAUGACACGGGGAAGAAGCGAGGGGGUCUCUGGUGGACCUACUUCUUCAGCUUGCUGUUCAAGAUAACAGUGGAUUCUGUGUUUGUCUUCCUGCUGUUCUACAUCUACGAAGCCACCUUCUUCCCUCCACUGGUCAAGUGCAGUGAAGAGCCGUGUCCAAAUGUGGUGGACUGCUACAUUGCCAGACCCACCGAGAAGAAAAUAUUCACCGUCUUCAUGGUGGUGACCAGCUUUGUGUGCAUCUUCCUCACGCUCUGCGAGAUCUUCUACCUGUGUGGGAAGAGGUUCUGGGAGUGCUGCUGCGGAGGAGGACUUCGCUCCCAGAGAGAAAACUCCUUCAUGAUGACCAGAACUCCUCUGGCUGGGAAGGAGAACUCAGCGUACAAAGAGCCUACCCUGGAAAAGGCAAAGAUGGUCGACAGUGGCAACGGAGAUGUGAGCAAAGAGAGUUCAGCCCCAGCCUACAGCAUAGCUGUCUCCUGAGAGACACCAACAUCAUGAGUCUUAACUUAGGAGAACAAAGUAAAAAUCUUGGCUAGAUCUUAUGCUGUUGGCCAGCAUUAAAGGCAGAAAGCAGUUUCAAGAAUUGUUGUUUACAAAAGUCAUAUCAUUGUUUAAACAAUUUUACAUCAGAGAUAUGUAAUAUUUGUGUCCCUUAAUGUUGUUGAGCUGAACACAUAUGCAAUACUUUUUUUUUAUAAGCUUGUGAUCUGAAAUGACUGAUAUAUGGUAGAGGUGAUUUAUUUUGUCUGUUUACAUGAUUGUAUGUUAUUAUUUUGUUAUCUGUUUCUAGAAUACAAUGGCCACAAAAUAAAUCUGCUGGAUCUGCAGUGUGUACAUUACCAUAAACUGGAAGUGAAGAAAAUAUCUAUGUCAACAGCAUACCCCAGAAACACACAGAUAGCAGUUUUCUAAAAUAAAUAAC